AUGGGAGGCGAUUUCAAUGCAAAGCACAUUAACUGGGGAUCUCGCCUAACGACAACUAAAGGUCGCGAACUGUGGAAAGCGGCACAACAAUGUGGUUGUGAAAUAUUCUCAACUGGCAAUCCAACAUACUGGCCAACAGACAUUAAUAAGACUCCAGAUUUGAUUGAUUUUUUCGUAGUCAAACAACUACCAUACAACAUCAUAACUCUGGAGGAUGGUUUAUAUCUUAAUUCACCUAUAUUCAUGAUUCUUGAUGGUGAACCAAAAAUCAAUGAAAGGAACCUGCUCCUUUCAAAUAAAUAUACAGAUUGGCAAUACUUCAAGAUUAAACUAGACACAUAUGUAAACACGACAAAUGAAAUCGAUAAUGUUGACGAAAUUGAGAAGGAAACAAUAAAGCUGUCAGCACAGAUACAAAAAGCUGCUUGGUUAAGUUGUCCGCCCACCACAAGUUCGCAUUGUUUGCGCUGCAACAGCGAAGGCUGCAUCAAGUGCCCGGCCUACUUGAUGACCGACACGCGUCAGUGCGUGGAUCAAUGCCCCUCCGGUUACAUCGAUCAAUGGUCGGCGCAUACCGAAUUCAUGGGACGAGUUUGCGUCUCCACCGGCUACUCUGGCCCACUCAUGGCCGCUAUUGCAGGCCUCAUUGGCGGUUUUGUAGUCUGUCUCACACUACUGGCUGUUGCAAUGAUGCUAGUGCGACGACGACGACGACGAAAAUCAAUUAAGCAGAAGUUGAUCAACGAGAAUACCAUGGAUCGUUCUGACUUCUUGCGACAACUCAACGAAAUGCGUCCCAACGCCGAGUAUUUCCUGGCGAUGCUCAACGAUACGCGCCGACAGAUACGCAAAUUGUACCUGUCAGGCGAAGUGAGUGCUGCGAAUUCUUAUCGGCCGAUCGUACGCGACCUGGCCAAAAUACUAAUACUGCUCAAUCGGCCGAUUGAAUUGAUACCGGCGGCGCCGCACGACUGGAAUCGUUUGUAUACGUGGUCCGAGCAAGCAUUGGAACGCUACAAACCACAAGUGGGCCAUCUGAUUGACUUCUUUCAACCCUCCGGCGGCGGUGGUGGUGGUGUUGGCGUUGGCGUUGGAAUUGGAAGUCGCGGCAGCGGCAGCGUCGGUAUUAGCGAUGACUUCGAUGCGACUUUCUUCCCGCAGAAGAGCAACAACGUCUACAGGCAAAGCAUGUUGCCGGGGUCGGGCCCACAAAAGUUGCACAUGUUCGGUUCGCUCAUCAGUCUGCACGAGUUUGACGAGCCGCGGCCGUCGGAUCCAUUCGGCAGCAGCUUCAAUACGCUUAAGAGUGGCAAUCUGAUAUCGGAUCUCAAUGCGAGUUCGUUGUGGCUUGAAGACGAAUUCUACAAAUUGGGUUUCCGACCGCAGGACGAAAUCACGACUGAACUGUAAUGAAUAGUGUGCGUUGAGUUAGCGCAAAACACAGUGUCUUCUAUGUAAAAUUUAUUUGUUUCACAAAGCGAUUUAAAUUUUGUUUUUCUUUUAUUUGUAAUGUAGAAUUAUUGUAUAUGAAGAAUGUUAUGCAAAUUUUAUUUUAAAUUACGCGCCUAAUUUUAAGUCAAAGUAUUAUUUUUCGUGUUGUUGAUAUUUGGAGCCGCUACAAUCUCCAUAAUCUGGUACUACAUACACAAAUACAUAUAUACAAUACAUACAAACAUUAACUAGAAAUAUUUACAGUGAAUUUUCACAAAACUUGAAAUGUACAUACCUACCAUUUACAUACAAAUAUUUGCAUACAUACAAACACGCAUUAGUGCAAAAACGCACCCAGCUGUUCCAUUUCAGUGGAACUUCUGCUUUUGGAUGCGCAAACUGUCAUAAAAUGACUAAAUAUGCAGAAAAUCUUCGAGUAAAGCACCAACGAACAAAUAAAUUUAUGAAAAUCGCCGCCCAGUUGCCGCCAAGCAGCGAGUAACUUAGUUUAGAGAGCUUAGCUAAACAUUCCCAGGCUAAAUGAAAUGUUUGCAAUUAGUGAUAAGUUUAUAAUUUCUAUAAACUGAGAUGCCUUAUUUUACAAGUAGGUUAAGCGAAAUGUGAACUAUAAAAAAUGAACUAGUCAAUAAAAACAUAAUUACCAUAAACUUAGGAUUUGUUAAGCUGACGUUGACUAUAAAUAAAUAAAGGAUUUAAGUUAAUAAAUAAACAA